UUUAUUGGCCAUUUCUUUUUUCCUGUAUUGAGAAUGCUUUGUUUUGUUGGUCCAUCCAUUUCCUCACUGGGUUGUUUGGUUUCUUGUUUCACUUUUGAGUUCUUUGUAUAUUGUAGAUAGUAGUCUACACUGUUGAUUUUGAUGCACAGAAAGAGCCUGGAGCCAAAUGUGCCAUCUUCCUUUCCUCUUUUUUCUUCAGUUUUCUGUCAACACUGGAUGCUGUUACCGGUUGUUUUAACUAAAGGUCAUUGGCCUUUGUACUUCCUCUUUUGGUGUAUGAGUUUGAUGCCUACCUAUCCCAGACUUUUCUUGCCUUGACUGCAGAGCACACAAUCCCCCAAGCUCUGAGGUCACAGGGCCCUGAUGUUAUGGCUGCAGGUGUCUGACUUUCGGGAGCAGCUGCUGGCAUGUUCUGGAGUGGAAGCUGAGCGGGUGGUGGAGUUCUCCUGUGGUCACGUGAUCCCUCCAGGCAACAUCUUGCCCCUUAUUAUAUGCAGCGGACCCUCUAACCAACAGCUGGAAUUCACCUACCAGAAGAGAGAGCUGCCUCAGAUGAUGGAGGAGACAGGCCGCAUCCUCUGUAACUUGUGCAACGUGGUCCCUGGAGGGGUGGCAUGCUUCUUCCCUUCCUAUGAGUACCUGCGCCAGGUACAUGCACACUGGGACAAGACUGGCCUGCUGGCACGUUUGUCUGUCAAGAAAAAGCUCUUCCAAGAGCCCAAGAGAGCAAGCCAGGUGGAGCAGGUGCUGACGGCGUAUUCAAAGUGCAUUACGUGCUGCAUUCAAACAGGAGGCCAUCUGACAGGGGCCUUGCUCCUCUCUGUGGUUGGAGGGAAGAUGAGUGAAGGGAUCAACUUCUCUGAUGACCUGGGUCGGUGUGUGGUGAUGGUGGGGAUGCCGUACCCCAACAUUAAAUCUCCAGAGUUGCAAGAGAAGGUGGCCUACUUGGAUCAGACCUUUCCUAGAACACAAGGUCAGGCCCCCCCAGGGAAGAUGUUGAUGGAGAAUCUGUGUAUGAAGGCUGUAAACCAAUCCAUAGGCAGGGCCAUUAGGCACCAGAGGGACUUUGCCAGCAUUGUGCUCCUGGAUCAUCGCUAUGCCCGUCCUGCUGUCCUGGGGAAACUUCCAGCCUGGAUCCGAGACCGUGUGGAGGUCAAAGCCACCUUUGGCCCUGCCUUUGCUGCCAUUCAGAAGUUUCAUCGAGAGAAGUCACAGCCCAGUCUGGUGUAGGAUCCUCUUUUAUUCUCUCUGCUUGACUCAGCCUUUGUGUUUGGCCUAAGAUGGUCAAUGGCAUAUGCAGACUGUGAAGUCUACACCAGCCUUCCAGAGGCAGUGGAUUCCAGUGAUGUGACUUACAUAGAAAAGCUACCAGGACAAACCCAGUUCAUCCAGAAGGAACCUGACCUGGGGCACCUCAUUCCCUGAGACCGAUUUUCCCCACAGCACCUAAGCUCAAGUUCAUCUUUCUCUUGGCUUCAGAAGGCUGUGCAGACAGUAGCUCCCUGCCCUUUUGUGAGGCAAGGCCUACCCUGGCUUUAUCCUUUCUAGAGACAGAGAGCUGUUCUUGGCCUUUAUAUCAAGUCUCAGCCUCAGAUGUCCCUAUUCAGGGCUCUGCUGCCUAUGGGCCUUCACAUUCAGAAUGUAUUGACUGGGUCUCUAGGAAGAGGUGGAUCUCUCUUGCUUGGCUGCUGCUCCUUCCUCAAGCCAGGGGACCUCUGAGAAGAGGCCAAUACCACCACACCUACCAUGGCAUGGGGAGCAAUGCCAACAGAAUCGUUAGACUCUCAAUGUGACUAUAUUUAGAGUCCCUCUAUGUGAUACCAGGACAUCUAUGGUUAUGGAGAAAUAUCCCUUGCUCAGCAAUAGUGACCCCAAAACACCUCUAUUUGGGACUCAGAAAAACUGCUCUACUCCCUCAGACAUUCUGUCUCACUGUUAAGACCACCAGGGCAGGAGGAGAGUCAGCAAUCUGCUGAACCAUCUGCAUCUGCAAGGCCACCCUUUCUCUACUAAAUAAAGGGCACUGUUCACAUGGGCUGAGGCCUGGAGUCAC